AUGUUUGACAGAUGCGAGAAAGAAGAGCUUGCAUUAAAGGAGACACAAAUCAACGAUUUGAAAGAAUGUUUUGCAAAAUCUUUUCCUUCUUUCUUUUCGGAUUUACACUCUACCGAUCGACUUAGUUUUCAUUCUGAUUUUCUGCACAUUAACGUAAUGUCAGAGAUGGAGUUUACAGUUGAAAACGAAAAGCGAAAUCGAGUUGAAUAUUUAGAGCCACCCGUCAAAUCGGAAAACGACAAAAAAGGAUAUAGAGUCAUCCAAUUACCGAAUGGUUUCACAGCGUUGCUAAUAUCCAAUGAACAUUCAAAAACACGUGCUUCCCAAGAUCCAGAUGAAAAAGAUGAAGAAAUAAAUAGUAAUUCUGAUAAUAAUUUUAAUGCAUUUACUAGAAAGUAUGAUAGCUUGAUUUAUGUCUCAACGGAAUGCGAGAAUACAAUAUUUUAUUUUCAAAUAAAAAACAAGUAUUUGUUAUCAGCUCUUGAUCAUUUGGCUGCAAUUUUAAUUAAACCUUUAAAGAAAGAUAACUUUAAACAAUGGCGAGCGGAGGCAGAAGCAGAGCUACGAGUUGCUUCAUCAGCUUAUAGGAACAGAAUAGAACAAUUGUUCUCUUCUUUUGCGCUGCCAGUUCAUCCACCUAGCAAGUUUCCUAAAGACAAUUUUAUAAAAUUAUACGAUAGUAUAGAUGACAACAUAUUGUACGAAGAAAUCGUUAAAUUCAAGACACGCCAUUACAGUGCUCACAGAAUAAAAUUUGUUGUACAGGCAAAAUUACCACUGGAUACAUUGGAAAAUAAUGUCACUAAGUGCUUUUUUAACGUACCAAAUAAUGGGCUGCCUCCCGACGACUUUAUCAAAUUUAAAGAUGGUAUUUCUUUUGCUACUCCAGCUUUCCAAAAUAUGUAUAAAAUUAGCAAUAUCCAUAAUUUCAACCGAUUGGAAAUAACGUGGCCAAUGCCCUCGCUUGUCGAUUUCUACAAAAGUAAACCACAUCAAUAUAUUUCAUGGAUUAUUGAGCAUAAAGGAAAAGGUUCUUUAACUAGUUAUCUACGCAAAAAAUGGAAUUGCGAAAUAACAUGUAACAAUGAAAGCAGUUUUAUGCAAACCUCCAUGUAUACAUUACUAAAUCUUACGGUUUUCUUCUAUGAGAAAUUACAAUAUCUAGAGGAAUUCUUAAAUACGAUCUUUUCCUUUAUCAAUUUAUUAAAAAAAGAAGGUCCGCAGAAAAGAAUUUACGAUGAGAUUUAUAAGAUUACGGAAAAUGAUUUUAGAUUUUCCGCUGAAGAUAAUACACAGUUUGAUGUAAUACAUUUGUCUAGAAGUAUGCAUAUCUAUCCGUCGCGCAAUUAUAUAACCGGAAAUAAGCUUUAUUUCGAAUACAAUGCAACAGAUAUACAAAAAUGUUUAAAUUAUUUGACGUCAGAGACUGUGAAUAUUAUGAUUUUUUACCAUAAAGAUUUUGAUCUUAAAUUAAAUAAAGUCGAAAAAUGGUCGGAAGCAGAGUAUACAAACAUCAAUAUAUCAAGAGAAUGUAUCGAACGCUGGAAAUCAAUUAAACCUUUACAAGAUUUUCAUUUACCAUUGCCAAAUAUAUUCCUUCCUAGCGAUUUCUCUUUAAUACCAAUACCAGCAAAAGUUCCAAAAUAUCCUGUAAAAUUAUUAAGUAGUGGUAUGAUGGAGCUUUGGUAUCAUCCGUAUUCCAAGAUUUGUUUGCCAAAAUGCUAUAUGUAUUUCCAUUUUGUUCCCUCUAUGGGACUUUUGUCGCCAAGGAAUGCAGCUCUAAUGGAUGUGUACUGUGAUAUAUUAUCGUUUCUAUUCGACGAAGAAUUAUAUCCAGCCAAAGCAGCGGGGAUUGAUUGUGAGAUUAGUUCCACUGAGAAGGGUAUUACAAUAAAAAUAUACGGAUUUAACGAAAAAAUGCCACUCUUGUUGAAGAUUAUUGCGGAAUAUAUGAUCAAUCCAUCUCUCAUUUUUAUGAAAGAGUUAUUUGAAAUUAUUAGAGUGCGACGACUCAAGAUGUAUUAUGACGUAUUUACAGAUCCUGUGAAACUUGUCAGCCAAGUAAAAUUAACGAUACUUAAGCUCAUCCAGUAUUCGCACGUUGAUAAGCACACUGCUCUAUAUCAAAUUAAAUUCAAAGAAUUUAAAGACUUUGUGAAAUCUUUUACUCGAACUCUAUACAUUCAGUGUCUCAUACAAGGCAACAUGACGGAAAAUGCUGCAAUCAGGAAUGUAAGGCAAUUUCUCGAAAGAAUUAAAUGCUAUCCGUUGACAAAUAAUACGUUGCUACAAAUGAGAGUGACUCAGAUACCCUUGGGCACAAGCUAUUGCAAGCUGAAAAUUAUCAAUAAAUCUGAUUCAAAAUCGGUAGUGACAAAUUAUUAUCAAGCUGAUGUUAUGUCGAUUAAAUUAUCGGUAUUAAUCGAACUGGUAGUCUACAUAAUAAAAGAUUCUUUAUAUGCUGAGCUAGCUGAUGUAGAGUUUGAAUAUAUGUUAUGCGACAUUGAAAAUGUUAAUGGAAUAUUAGGAUAUUUUAUUACCAUUUGUACUCAGGCAGAUAAAUAUACAAUCGAGUACAUGGAUCAAAGUAUAGAGAAAUAUCUCACAUCAUUUAAAAAGAUUUUGAAUGAGAUGGCAGAAGAGAAAUUUGAUAAUUAUAAGGAAUCAAUAAAGAAAAAUUGGGAUAUAUACUGUGAAGUUGCCAGAAACUGGAAUGAAAUCAUAAAGUUUGAAUAUAUGUUUAAUAGAUUUGAGAAGAAAAAACUUGCACUAGAAGACAUAAAAAUCGAUGAGAUAAGAAAAUGGUUUGAAGAGCACACACUAAAUGGAAAAAAUUUUAGAAAAUUGAGCAUACAAAUGGUAGGUACUGUUCCGAAGAAAGAAGAAGUCAAUGAAGCAAGUAGUGAGUAG